AUGGCUCCGGUGAAGAGGAAGCCUGAGAAAAAGGCGAAGAAGUCGAAGAAAGACAAGAGAAUCAACGUAGCUCCGUUGGAUCCAGAGGCUAUCGACUGCGACUGGUGGGAUACUUUCUGGCAGCGAAACUCUUCUCUCUCAGGUAGGAGCUUCGAUUUCCUCGACUUAGAUAGAUUCUUCCCCGUUGGUGAACUGAGAUGGAAGAUGUUUGCAGGUGUUUCAAUCCCCGUAGAGGAGGAGGAUGCGUUCAAGUACUUCUUUAGGGCUUCAAAGACGACAUUUAGCUAUAUAUGUUCGCUGGUGAGGGAGGAUCUCAUCUCUAGACCUCCCUCGGGGCUCAUCAACAUCGAGGGAAGGCUUCUUAGUGUAGAGAAACAAGUAGCCAUUGCUCUGAGAAGGCUGGCCUCUGGUGAAUCUCAGGUCUCCGUGGGAGCAGCCUUUGGUGUUGGGCAGUCCACAGUUUCUCAGGUUACAUGGAGAUUCAUCGAGGCGCUUGAGGAACGCGCCAAGCACCACCUGAGAUGGCCAGAUCCUGACAGAAUAGAAGAGAUCAAGUCAAAGUUUGAGGGAACGUACGGUCUCCCAAACUGCUGCGGAGCCAUAGAUUCGACGCACAUCAUCAUGACGCUACCGGCUGUGCAAGCAUCAGAUGACUGGUGCGACCAGGAGAAGAAGUACAGCAUGUUCUUGCAAGGUGUCUUUGAUCACGAAAUGAGAUUCCUCAACAUGGUUACCGGCUGGCCUGGCGGCAUGACCGUCUCCAAGCUGCUCAAGUUCUCUGGCUUCUUCAAACUCUGUGAGACAGCUCAGGUUUUAGACGGGAACCCCAAAACUCUGUAUGAAGGAGCCGAGAUUAGAGAAUAUGUAGUUGGAGGGUUCGGUUACCCGCUCCUUCCGUGGCUCAUAACUCCCCACGACAGCGAUGACCCCUCUGAUGCCAUGAUGGCUUUCAACGACAGGCAUGAGAAGGUGAGGUCAGUCGCAGCUACGGCCUUUGCACAGCUGAAAGGAAGCUGGAGGAUUCUGAGCAAGGUCAUGUGGAGACCAGACAGGAGGAAACUGCCUAGCAUAAUACUGGUCUGCUGUUUAUUGCACAACAUCAUUAUCGACUGUGGUGAUUAUCUGCAAGACGAUGUUCCUUUAUCGGGCCAUCACGACUCCGGUUAUGCAGACCGGUACUGCAAGCAGGCCGAGCCGCUUGGUAACGAGCUCAGAGGAUAUCUGACUCAGUACUUGCAGAGGUCUGGAGGAUCCUAG